AUGAAGAUUGUUCCUUUCUUCAGAUCUUUGUCAAGGUCGGUUCAUGAAGAACACAAUGAUCACGAUCAUGAUCAACAGGAAUCAAAGACCGGUAUUGAUAUCAGUGGCCCUAGUGGGGCUUGCACAUCGAUAUCGUUUACAGUGUGGAGAAAAUCUCUUGUGAUCAGCUGUAAAGGGUUCACAGUUAUCGAUUCUAAUGGAGAUCUGGUUUAUCGGGUCGACAACUAUGUCGGACAUCCUCGAGAAGUUACUCUCAUGGAUGGCUCUGGGAAAUCCGUCCUUACAAUGCGUCGUAACAAGAAGUUUAGCCUGGUGGAGAGCUGGUUUGUGUACGAAGGUGAAGUGGGAGACUUCUGCUGCACAGAAAGAACAAUUAGAGCAGCAGCAAAAAGCUGGCCAGUGUUUUGUGUGAAGAAGAACCAGAACUUGUUGAAUGCUAAAUAUCCCAGUAUAAUUGCUCAUGUAUAUCGUGAAGUAUCUGGUAGUCAUAGAAGAUGUGCCUAUGUGAUUGAAGGUUCUUACACGCAUCGAUCAUGUAAGGUAUUGGAGGAGUUCUCGAGGAAUGUGGUGGCUGAGAUCAAGAGGAAGGAAGCAAAUGUUGGAGGAGUUUCUUAUGGGGUGGAUGUUUUCCAUUUGGUUGUGCAUCCUGGAUUUCAUCCUGGAUUUGCAAUGGCGCUUGUGCUAUUAUUAGAUCAGAUGUUUUGA